GAAAGAGAGGGCACGGUGGAGGCGCGGACGGGAGGUGCGGAGAUUUCCCCCCUACACCCCGAAAAGACAGCAUCCCCCAGCCCGCAUCGGAGAGCUCCCAGCCGGGCCGAGCACCUGCCUGCCUGCCUGCCUGCCUGCCACCUCUCUUCCCAGCCAUGCGGGGCCCCAAUGCCAAGGAGGAGAUGCGCGCGGGGCUCCAGGGCGCAGGGGGCCCCGACCGGCCGGACGCGCGCGGGCAGCGGCGGGACAUCGUCUGGAGGAACGUGGUCCUCAUGAGCCUGCUCCAUUUGGGGGCCGUGUACGCGCUGCUGCUCAUCCCCAAGGCGCAGACGCUCACUCUGCUCUGGGCCUGCUUCUGCUUCCUCCUGACUGCUCUGGGCGUGACCGCUGGUGCCCAUCGCUUAUGGAGCCACAGGUCUUACAAGGCCAAGCUGCCUCUGAGGAUAUUUCUGGCUGCUGCCAACUCCAUGGCUUUCCAGAAUGACAUCUUCGAAUGGUCCAGGGACCACCGAGUUCAUCACAAGUACUCUGAGACCGACGCUGACCCCCACAAUGCCCGCAGGGGUUUCUUCUUCUCCCACAUCGGGUGGCUGUUCGUUCGCAAGCAUCGGGAUGUCAUUGAGAAGGGGAGAAAACUUGACUUAACGGACCUUCUGGAGGACCCGGUGGUUCGGAUCCAGAGAAAGUACUACAAGAUCAGCGUGGUGCUCAUGUGCUUUGUGAUUCCGACACUGGUGCCCUGGUAUACAUGGGGAGAGAGUCUAUGGAAUUCCUACUUCCUGGCCUCCAUCCUCCGCUACACCAUAUCCCUCAAUGUCACCUGGUUGGUCAACAGUGCUGCACACAUGUAUGGAAAUCGGCCCUAUGACAAACACAUCAGCCCUCGGCAGAACCCACUGGUCACCCUGGGUGCCAUUGGUGAAGGGUUCCACAAUUACCAUCACACCUUUCCCUUUGACUACUCUGCAAGUGAAUUUGGCUUAAAUUUCAACCCAACCACCUGGUUCAUUGACUUCAUGUGCUGGCUGGGCUUGGCCACUGACCGCAAAAGGGCAACCAAGACGAUGAUCGAGGCUCGGAAAGCCAGGACUGGAGACGGCAGUGCCUGACUGGGAACCACCAUCUGCCAUGUUCACCAUGGACACCUGGGUUCAUGCUUUUGUUACUCUUGUUCUCUUAGUCACUGGAUCGUGGUUGGGGGGAGAGGGUAGGGAGGGAACAGAAUCUAUGUGGUUUGGGGAUUUGUUUGUUUGUUUGUCUCAAAAUAAUGUACAAAUCCACUAUCAAUGAAAACCAUUUUUAAAGUCCGUGUAUUUAUGAUUUUACAUUAGAUUGUGAGCACAUGAUUCAAUAACUGUAGCUACGGUUCGUCAAACCUAUAUUUUCAUGUGCUUCUACCUGAUGUUCAAACCCCCCCCCCCCGCAGGAUGAAGGAAUUUAAUAUUCUUUCAGUGUGAUCCAGGAGGAGAGAAUUUUGUUUUCUUUUCUACCAAUGAUCCCAGCAUCAUUUCUAAACACAGCAUCUGAAGGAGCAGAGAGACAGGGUAGAGGGAUCCAAGUGGAAAUGUAAGAGCGUUUCUGUUUCUGUUUACCAUGUGUAUUUUUCAGUGUUACCUUCUAAGAGAAUUGAGAACUUUACAAAAUGAGAAUACAGGAAAUGGCUCUCUAAAUUAUUUUUUUUUGCCCUGUUUACAGCUUGUUAAUGCUCCACUGUCGGCUUCAAAAGGCACUUUUCACUACCCAGCUCAUUCUGGUUUUACCCUGCAUGUCCAGACUACCCUAUCAGUCAUUGACUAUUUAGGUGUCUGAUUUGUUCUCUUUGCUAUUGUCAUUUUAAAGGUGUAUAACUCUGAUGUGCCAGACAUCAAAUUAAGCUCAAAUUAAACUCUCAUUUAAAUGUUUAGAUACCUAAUUUAUAUUCUAAUUGAUCCCAGUCAGUAGUGCAUGACUUUAGCUACUUCUAAGCACAUUAAUUUUUCACACCAGACCAUCAGAUCUUAAUACCCAACAGUUAUCUAGAACUCCAUGUCUACUAAUAUUUCACCUGCAUGCAGCCUUCAUUGAUUUUGCAGCAAAAUAUAAAGUACUCGUUAGGUAGCUUCUGGAUUAACAAAAAAAAGAAAGAAAGAAAAAAUGUCUUUUUUUUAUUAUUAAGUUGCCUUGUAAAGAGCAUGUUGAAUUAAUGGGACAGCUUGCCCUUUGUGUUAAAUGUUAGAGCAAAAGAGAGGCUUAUAGUGCUGGCACUGGAGCACUUUCAACAUAGAGAUUUUCAGGAAAGAUAUAGAAUUUAAUGUUUUAAUUUAAAACUUUUGCAAAAGAAGAAGUGAUGCCAGAAGGAAAAUAUCACAAUGAAAUUCUUCAUCCAGCAGGUAUUAACUGUGUUAUUUUGCCAUUAAUAAUGUGUAAUCUAUGAGUGAUUUACAAUAAAUUACUAUGAGUUCA